AUGUCCGACGUGAAGUGUGGGACGCGGACAUGUGGAGCGACAGAACACCCAGCGAACCGCCUACCACGCAAAGGCGACCGCGACCGCCAAAAGGCAGGCGCGACUGUCGCAGGCGGAUGGCUGGAGCUGGUCCUCCAUGUCGCGGCCGGGCUGACGACGAGAAGGAGCGCACCGGAAGAUCGCGACAAGAAGUGGUUCAGGCGCGAUCUCGUGAUCUGGGGCGAGCAAGAACAGCUGGAGUGA